AUGAGAAUCAGCCUGGAGACCACCUUCUUCAGGGACCAAGGGGACACCAUGCAGUUUUCAGCUCAGCAUCAAUUGCGCUGGACCGAGAAGACUCCUCUGAAGCCAGAGGGUGGGAAAGUGGAGGACGAUGAGGAAAAUACAGGCUUCCCCCCGUUUCUAUUGGACAGGGAGGACCUGUCUGAGGACCUGGCUGAGGACUCAGUACCGGACCAGGAGCUGGAGGCCAUCAAACUGAAUCUGUGGGCCAUGGAGCAGGCCCAGGGACCAGAGCUGCCCAGGGCGCAGGGCCAGGCCGGAAAAGAGGAGGCAGCUAGGCCUGUGCUGGCCCAGCAGCGACUGAGUCCUGAGACAGGUGGGCUCUGCCCAGAGCCCGGCCCACCCCUGCCCUGCUCUGGGGUCCCUGAGAAGGUGGGAAUGGACCACAGAUCCAUCUAUGUGGGCAACGUGGGCUAUGGGGUCAUAGCUGGGGAGCUGGAGGCCUACUUCAACAUCUGUGGGGAGGUCCAGCAAGUCACCAUCCUGUGCAACAAGUUUUCUGGACACCCCAAAGGCUAUGCCUACAUUGAGUUUGCUACUGAGAGCUCAGCCCAGGCUGCUGUGGGGCUGGACAAGAGCAUCUUCCAGGGCCGGGUCAUCAAGGUGUGUGAGCCCCAUGAGUCACCAGGGCACCUUGAGGUGGGGGCACUGGGGUGCAUGGACUCGCUCUGAGCUUCUCUACAUUAAGCCA